AUGAUGAAGAAAAAAUCUAUAAAGUUAAUGGUUCUAUGGCAACUUUUAAUGAUUAUAAAUAUUAACGCAAAAACUACACAAAUUCUCAUGAAGAUUGAUGCCCCAAUAGAUUCAAAUUCACAAGCAAUAAAUAAUGAAGAAUCAUUAAAAAGCGAUGCGAACAAUGAUUUGUUAAAAAAAGGGCAAUAUUUUAGAGAUUUGUUCUCCGAACAAUUAUCGGCCCAUGAAAUUGAGUUUGGCCAUGUAUGCGAAAAUCCUGAUGAAUGGGAGCAACGAUUUGAACGAAAAGAUAUGAAAGAAAAUAAUUAUCGAGGGAAGAUCAAAUGGGGAAACAAAAAUGGAGAAUAUGGAGAGCAUUAUUGGGAUUUGAAUCAUUAAAGUUAAAAUAAUGUUAAAACUCUUUAAUAAUUGUAAUAGAUUAGAAUGAAUAUUAUAAUAAGCAAAUAUUUUUAUGAUUAUACCGAUGUACUUGUAAAUUUUGGAAAAUUUAAUGCGUUAAAUAAGUUAUGCUUACACAUACAUUGAUUAAAAAUUGUAAAGAAAAUAAUAAAGA